AUGUCCGACAAAGUGGUGUUGAGUCCAGUGAUCGCUGACCACACCAUUCAAAUCACCGACAAAUCGCUGAUUGACUUUACCUUAAAUAUAAGACAAGUGGACAGCAAUGGAGUCAAACGUAUGGUUCAACUCACGAAUGGUGUGUCAAACGAUGUGAAGACAUUUGUGGCCCUCUUUGACGACAAUGACAUCGACUUCGAGAUCGUUGUCGACAACCGAUCCGUCGCUAAGAAUAUGAGAUUGAAUUUGAUUUAUGGCAAGAAAUAUAAGUUUGUUGUCAUUAAAGGACAGCGAAUGGCACUCAAAGCGCUUGAAAGUAGUGGACAUCACUUGCGUUUCCUGAGCCCUAACCUACCGAUGGCUCAAUUAGUGGUCGAUUUAGUGGCCAAUGGUAUAGACAAGUGGCCUGGCAUAGACCGACCGAAGGCCGAAAUGAUUUGUUCGCGCAUUCAAUUCAAACUGGAAGUGGAAAAGAGUGCACCGAUUGUCCAACUGUUGGGUCCAGUCAUACAGUUAUCGGCCCAACCAUUGUUUGGAAAUCGCAUUGACUUUGCCAUCGGUUUGGAUAACACUAUACAUGAUAUGAAAGUUAUUAUUGAGGACAGAGUAGGCAUACGGACGAGUCGUUUUAGACUACAUGACUCCUGGGGCCGACUACUAGUGCCUGAGGAUCGCACGGUUGGUCACUACACGACACUCUAUGGCAUCGAAAGUGGUGAAACACUUCACAUGCAGUUAGAGCUGUUUGGCGGCGGCGAUGGCAGGGAGUCUAUGGCGAGUCCACCCAAUCAUAUGAGAGCUCCGGAAGUGAUGUCACCGACGGUACAGGCGUUUGGCCGCAGAGGUGUUGUCGGGUUUGGCCGUCAAACUGACGAAUACUUUACAUCACUUAGAAAGUAA